UUCUGUCAACAAUACAAUCUGUCAGUGAUAACGGGCAUUCGUUGAGAGGACGUCUCGUUGAGCGGACAAUUUCGCAUAUACGAAGUAAAACAGUGCUAAAUUGAUAGAAUUAUCUUAGGUUUUCGCGAUCGUUGAUGUAUAUUUAUUUAUGUAGUGUUAAUGUAAGGAUUUUAGUGCGCUUACUGUACAAAUGAAAAUGCUAUAGUGACGUUACGUUUCGAAUGCUUUGAUUUCGUUGGGUACAUAAACAAACUCUUUGUGUAACUUAAAGUGGCUCAAAUAUGGAUUGGCUGGGGUGUUAUUAGUGAAAUAGUGAAGGAGCAUGCUAAAAAGAAGAGCUAAAUUCGUAAAAAUGCGGUGCUUCACUGAGAGGCGCGGCGCCGGUCUCGCCUCGCAGUGACCGAAGGAAACACGGACAGUACAGCUUUAGACUCGGUCGAGUGGCUCCGCCAGGCGCACGCGUGCUAGUGUUGUGAUCAGCUGUUCGAGAGGACCCUGGCUGUUUGUACGCGUCGAGGUUCAUUUGCUGGCUUUCCUUGAGAUGUUGCAGAAAACAGAACUUUAAAUCUAUGUCAAGAAAGAGGAAAGCAUCUAAAACUCAUAAAGGGAAUAAUUUUAAAAGUGUAUAUUUUAAAAGCGUGAUAUCGAGGACUAGCCGGUCCUUGAUGAACUCCACAAGCUACAAUCCUUGCGCUCUAACACUUUGUAUUUCAAAAAGCCCUUGUCGCUAUUCAGCCCGUGACCCAAGAUUAAGACAUUGGUCCAGAGAACUAAUUGUCUCGACGUAGAUCGAGUGACGUUUGGAUUGUGAAUCCAAAUUCUUCUGUGUCAUAAGAAUAGAUACAGAAAAGCUCGAGGUCGAGUAGUGUACGUACUUAAAUUCGUACUUAACAGAAGCGCCCUUCGGCACUAAUGGACACGGAUAGAACCUACGCAAAUGGCAUCCCAGGUAAAGAGAAAGUUAUCAAGUAUGAACCGAAAGUACCAUCUGAAGAGGAGAAGACUACGUCCCCGUUACUCACCAAAAAUAACGACAUCAUUUACAUCGACUCUGUAAAUGAUGAAAGGGAUAAACCGCGAGAUGCGGAAAAGUCUAGAAAUGAUCUUAAUAAAAUAAAUUCGGUGAAGACGGAAGACAGUGAAGCAAAAGACAACGUUUUAACUGUAGUUUUUCAAAAAGACGAUAGAAGUGAUGAAGACGCAAAAUCGACAAAUGAAAGAGUCAAAUUCUUGGGUUUGGGUGAUGCUGACAGUAUUUGCUCCAGUAAAGCACCGCAAGACAAUGAGCCUCAGAUACCUGAUGGUGGGUGGGGCUGGGUUGUGGUUGCUGCUUCUUUUCUUAUUGCCACUGUAGCUGAUGGACUCGCUUUCUCAUAUGGAUUGCUGCAAAUCAAGUUUGUAGAUCAUUUUGAAACGAGUGAAGCGAAGACAUCGCUGAUUGGCAGUCUAUUCAUUUCAGUUCCUUUAAUAGCGGGACCUAUAAUGAGCGCGCUGGUGGACCGAUAUGGAUGCAAAAAAAUGACAAUGGUUGGUGGUUUAUUUUCGACGGUGGGAUUCGUAGCUGCAGCAUACAGCAAUACCGUAGAAGUCUUGUAUAUAACUUACGGUAUUAUUGCUGGACUGGGUAUGGGCUUGUUAUACGUAACUGCUGUUGUUUCAAUAGCAUAUUGGUUUGAGAAACGUCGUAAUUUAGCUGUGGGCUUGGGAUCAUGUGGAGUUGGAUUCGGUACAUUUGUUUACUCGCCAUUGACAACUUAUUUAUUAAAUGAGUAUGGUUGGAGAGGUACAUUGCUUCUCCUGGCUGGCACAGUACUUAAUGUUUGUGUGUGUGGUGCUGUAAUGAGAGAUCCUGAAUGGCUGAUUCAAGAACAAAAAAAACAAAGGAAUUUAAGUAAAAGUAAACGAGCCUCCAGUUCUACCUCAAUUUCGGCAAGAUCAGGUGGCGGAGAAUCUAUGUAUCCUGAUGCCGAAGAACUAAAGACUAUGAUAAAUAGUGGAGAAACUCCAGAGCACAUACUUGCAGCAUUAGUCUCAGCUAUAGCAGAGGCUGAAAAUGUCGAGGCAGUUACAAAAAGAAAUGCUGAUUUAUAUAAUCAGAAAGUUAGCUCUGUUAUUAAUCUACCUACAUUUUUACAACAAAGCGAAAAGCUGCCACCAGAAGUUUUCAACCAAAUAACAUCAAAUGAACGCCUGUAUAAUAUAAUUCUCCAAAAUUAUCCUUCUUUACUCUUAUUGAAGAGUAGUUCAGAAUCAAAACUGCCAACUGGAUCGAGUAAAAAAGAAAAGGAAAAACUGAAAAAGCUCAAAAAGAAAGAUUUCGAUAAAAAACUCGAAAUAGUAAAAGAGAAAUUGCUACAGCCGAUUCCAGAAAAUAACACAGUUAUGAUUACACCAAAACAAGCACGCCAGGACUGGUUUUCUCGGCAAAUCCAAACUGAUCAUAAUUAUCUAAAAGGUAUACGAGUUCACAGAAACUCGAUCAUGCACCGUGGUGCCAUGAUGAACAUUGCUAAAUACAAGUUGCGUGCAUCUUCUUGUCCUGACAUCUAUAAAAACUCUAUGUGGUCCAUGGAGGAUCCAGUAGAAGAGACUUAUGCGAAAAAAUGUAUCCGCAUGAUAAACAAGACCUUUGACUUCAACAUGUUUACUGAGUUCCACUUCCUCAUGAUGAAUCUAUCCACAUUGGUUUUGUUCAUUUGGUUUAUCGUACCUUACUUUUAUAUAUCUACAUUCAUGGAGGACAAUGGGUAUUCUGAAACGCAAGGAUCUCUUAUGUUGGGCAUAUUUGGUGUGGCGACUAUCAUUGGUAUUGUGGGCCUUGGAUGGAUCGGUGAUCUACCAUGGGUCAAUAUAACCAAGACGUAUGCUGCAUGCCUAAUAGCGUGCGGUGGUACAAUCACCCUCUUCCCCAUUCUGAUUCGCGUUAUGGAUGCGAAAGAAACCUACAGUUUUUACAUCUUGGCCCUAAACUCAAUGAUCUUCGGGCUAACAUUUUCAAGUUCAUAUUCCUAUACUCCGAGUAUAUUGGUGGAGUUGAUUGCUUUGGAACGAUUUACAAUGGCUUACGGAUUGGUUUUGCUGAGUCAAGGAAUAGGUCAUUUGAUCGGACCACCUAUAGCUGGAGCUCUUAAAGACAGAACUGGGUAUUGGGACGCGGCGUUUUAUGUAGCUGGAAUAUGGGUGGUUGUCUCUGGAUUCCUGGUGGCUGUUAUUCCAUACACUAAGAAUUUCCGCAUAAUCGGAAAUGCUCCAUUGGCUAAAGACGUCGCGGUAGAUCCUGAACCAGGAGUAAAGAUCAUCAUUGCGCAUUAAGAUAAGGAGUUAAUGAUAAUAAUGACAAAGCUGUGGGGAGAAUUGCUGCCGGCUUCUCAAUCUAUGGGUUUGACAGAAAUUCAAAUGAAAAAGAAGAAGAAGAAGAAGAAGUUGAAUUCUGGUCUACUCUGCCGGGAAAUAAUCCUCCUUCCAGUACAUAUUAUAACGGUUAUGAACCAGGAACUCCAAAAUAUUGAUUUAACGGGUGAAAACAGAUGUCUACAUGUAUUUAUUAAACUCUUUUAUCUCACUACUACACUCGAUAUAAUAUUACCGUAGAAAAAAACUAUGUCUUUAAAAAAACUUUAAUUAAAAAGAUAAAUUUGUCUAAAGUUAAAAUAGGGAGUAUUGGUUCUUAACCGUCGAUAUGUGUUUACAAAGUGUAUAUUUAAGUAUAUUUAUCUUUAUUUUUACAAGCAAGUAUAUAUUAAUAGUGAAUUGUAAUAGUCGAAUUGAGUGUGUUAGCGUUUUUUAGGAUUUUGCACAUUUUUUUUCAAUAAAGCAAGAGAGUUAAAUGCGGUUCCGUAAUCGAAAAACUGAUAAUUUUUAUGGAAACUUUUGCAUUCGUGGAUAACAACAAGUACGAAGUUUGUAACAUUGUUUUAUAGUUUUAAUGCUAAUAUUAAAAAGAACAGCGAUAUAUAUAUUAAAGAGAGACAUAAUUUAAAUUUGAUCAAGAUCGCAUAGAUAAAAAUAAAUAAGUAAAAAAUCUGUUUGCUUUACUGAAUUUUGUAUAUUCAAUUGUUAAAUAACGAUAACUCAUUCCAAUUAUGCCCACGAUUCUUCUCUUUCAAAUAAAAAUUAAAAAUUAAGAUUUUUUCUACUUUCGCACGGAACCGUAAAAGUAAGAGCUAAAUUACCUUAACUUACCUAGCAGACAGUUAACAUUAACUUUAACAUAUUUUUUGUAUUGAGAGGUGUUUAUUAACUUAUUAUUAUUAUGUUCUUGUCACAAGAUUAGUAAUAUUUUUAAACUUUUGAAAUAUGUAUAACUUUAAUUCGUUCGUUAGGUUUCUGCAGUAGAAAAACGUGUAUUUUCUUAUGCAUGAAUGUGUGACCUGAGUGUGGAUUUUCUUAAGUUUCAAGCGAGACAGAUGUGAAAUAAUGAUGAAAAAAUAAAUCAUAUGAAAUAAUCUUAUCUUAAAAGUGCUCAUCCUGAACGAAAGCAUAUUAUAGUGACCAGAAGUCAUGGUACACAUCUAUUUGUACCAAAGUAAAUGAAACUACCUGGUACAAAUUUAUGAGAAAUGUCUGCCCUACUAUAAAAUGCAAGGUAAAUUAAAGUAAAUAGAAAACUGAUAGCAUUGUACUAAUCUAUUUUGCUAAUGUAUACAAAAUUUUCCUGACUUAAAUGUUAAAGUAAUCUAUACCCACCUUUAUAAAACGACAUGCGAGAUGUAAAAAAGCUUUGUAGUACUUAUUAUAAUGUAUUGUGGAAAAAUGUUUUAAAGGUACCUAUAAUAAAAAAAGGAUCAUAUUUACCUUAAUAUACAGCGCGAAUUUAAAACUUACUUAUUAUAAAAUCGUUUGGGUGUAUUAAAAUAAAUUUAUUCAUGCAUAUUAGUAUU